ACUCCCAGAUCAUAAAUGCACAACACUCUCAAGAAGGAAUAUCAAAUCUGUGACAGCUGCAGAGAAUGAAGAUCUUCAACAAAAUGUGGUUUCUUUCAGUUGUGCUCCUCCUGGCUGCAUGGGGCUGCCUGGCUGAUUUACCUGACACUGAAGAAAAGAAGAUACACACUGUGUCAGCUUCCAGGUUGGCAUCACAACGAUUCAGACACAGGCGAAUGAUUGUGGCGACCCUGGCCCCACAUGUCCCCUGGCAGGCCAUGAUCUACCUCUCUGACAACAUGAUGACCGGAGGUUAUGCAGGAGGAGCCCUAAUCUCUGACCGCUGGAUUCUGACAGCUGGCAGGAAUGUUUUUGCCCGGAAGACUAGAGAGGAUACUCGAGGAAGAGCUCCCGACACUCUAAAAGUCUACCUGGGAAUCACAGGAAGAGAAGAAGCUACUGAGUCCAAAGAGGUCGCUGUGCAGAAGAUUGUUCUCCAUCCAGGCUUCCAGAACCAGACUGACUGGGACAACGACCUGGCUCUGAUCCAGCUGAAGGAGCCUGUAGUCAUGAGCAAUAAAGUGACCCCCAUCCCCCUCCCCGAGAGAGGCCAGAACCUCCCAGACGUAGGGUUCAUUACAGGCUGGGGUUGGGGGACGCACUUCGACCUCUCUCCAACACUUAAAUACCUGACCGUUCCUCUGUACGACAACUCCGGCUGUAAGAGAGAAUACCAGGAUAAUGAUCUCACACCAGCUGUGGAUGACAACAUGUUCUGCACCGGAUCCAUCAGGCCUGAGUCAAACGUUUGCUCUGGUGAUGCAGGAGGCUUGGUCGCCACUGAUCCCCUCACUCAGGACAUUUAUGCUGCCGGGAUCCUGUCCUAUGACAAGCCCUGCAACAGGCACAGAUAUGCAGUCUAUAUGAAGCUCACUGCAUAUUUGCCCUGGAUCCGUAGUGUCAUCAGAGGAGAUACAGAGAACUCUGCCGCUCUGCGCUCUGAUGCAGUGUCCAAGAUGCAAUCAUGGCAAAUAUAGAGCUUCAGGCCUUCUGCUUGUGAUUUUUCAUUAAAUUCAAAUAAGUUCA